CCACCGCCGCAGCGGUGCAAAUGCCACCGUAACUGGUGGGCGCCACUGGCAACCCACCCGGAGUUGACAACCGCGGAGAGACGCAGACACCCACUGACCUCCAAGGCAGCAGAGCGAGGUGGACAGAACCUUAGGAUCUCUUUCUUUCCAAGGACGGAAACCUCUUCUAAGCAGUCCCAGAGGAAACAGCCAAAGGCAUUGGAAAGAGAGCGAGCGUCCCAAAUCGCGCUGCUGAGCGGCUGGGUGAGUUAUGCGCCUGUGUCCCAGUGACCGUGGGACACGGAGAGGGGAAGUCUGCGUUGUAUGUAAGAACCUAGGGACUCCGAGCUUGGUCUGAGAAUCCUUGGACGCCCAGUACUUGCCUUUGGGACUGCGCUCCUCAACUCUGCUCCAAAGCAGCCGCGGAUCUCAACUCCUGAGUCCAAGGCGGUUGGUUCGCUGUGCGCCAGGACGCGCUUAGUACCCAGUUCCUGAGCUCUAUCUUCAGCAGCUACUUUGAAAGCUUCGGCGCACGCCCCUCAGGCUAGCUAGCCUGGGAACAAAACUGGGCGAACCGUGUUCUCUUAGGUCUUGUCCCCCAAAACAUGACCUAGAGAUACCUGCGCAUGCAGAUGGCCGAUGCAGCCCGGAUAGCCACCAUGAAUAAGGCAGCAGGCGGGGACAGGCUAGCAGAACUCGUCAGUCUGGUCCCAGACCUUCUGGAGGCCGCCAACACGAGUGGUAACGCGUCGCUACAGCUUGCGGACUUGUGGUGGGAGCUGGGGCUGGAGUUGCCGGACGGCGCGGCGCCAGGACAUCCUCCGGGCAGCGGCGGGGUAGAGAGCGCAGACACCGAGGCCCGGGUGCGGAUCCUCAUCAGUGUGGUGUACUGGGUGGUGUGCGCCCUGGGGUUGGCGGGCAACCUGCUGGUGCUCUACCUGAUGAAAAGCAAGCAGGGCUGGCGCAAGUCCUCUAUCAACCUCUUCGUCACCAACCUGGCGCUGACGGACUUUCAAUUUGUGCUCACCCUGCCUUUCUGGGCGGUGGAGAACGCAUUUGACUUCAAAUGGCCCUUUGGCAAGGCCAUGUGUAAGAUCGUGUCCAUGGUGACGUCCAUGAACAUGUACGCCAGCGUCUUCUUUCUCACUGCCAUGAGUAUGGCGCGCUACCACUCUGUGGCCUCUGCUCUGAAGAGCCACCGGACUCGAGGACACGGCCGAGGCGACUGCUGCGGCCGGAGCCUGGGUAACAGCUGCUGCGUCUCGGCCAAGGCGCUGUGCGUGUGGAUCUGGGCUUCGUCCGCGCUGGCCUCUCUGCCCAGUGCCAUUUUCUCCACCACGGUCAAGGUGAUGGGCGAAGAGCUGUGCCUGGUGCGCUUCCCGGACAAGUUGCUGGGCCGCGAUAGGCAGUUCUGGCUGGGUCUCUACCAUUCGCAAAAGGUGUUGCUGGGCUUCGUGCUGCCUCUGGCUAUCAUUAGCUUGUGCUACUUGCUGCUGGUGCGCUUCAUCUCCGACCGCCGCUUGGCGGGGACUGAAAGAGGGACCGCAGUAGCUGGCGGAGGCCCGGCCCGAGCCAGUGCCCGGAGACGGUCGAAAGUCACCAAGUCAGUGACCUUCGUUGUCCUGUCCUUCUUCCUGUGUUGGCUGCCCAACCAGGCGCUCACCGCCUGGAGCAUCCUCAUCAAGUUCAACGCGGUGCCCUUCAGCCAGGAGUAUUUCCUGUGCCAGGUAUACGCGUUCCCUGUGAGCGUGUGCCUGGCGCACUCCAACAGCUGCCUCAACCCCAUCCUCUACUGCCUCGUGCGCCACGAGUUCCGCAAAGCGCUCAAGAGCCUGCUGUGGCGCAUCGCGUCUCCUUCACUCACCAGCCUGCGCCCCUUCACUGCCACUACCAAGCCGGAGCCCGAGGAUCAGGGGCUGCAUUCCCUGGCGCCGCUCCAAGCGGCCGCGGAGCCAGACCUGCUCUACUACCCUCCUGGCGUCGUGGUCUACAGCGGGGGCCGCUACGACCUGCUGCCCAGCAGCUCUGCCUACUGAGGUCCAGGGCGCGCCGUCGGGGCAAGGUGGCCUCACCCGGGCGGUGAAGGAGGUGAACAGAUUAAGGAAGCCUGCGUGUGUGUUGCGGGGGGCGCAUUUAAGAAGUAGGUGGGACGAGGAUGGGCAGAGCACGGAGGAGCAGCCUGUGUAUAGGCCGGAGAACCUUCUCUGGAGAGGGGAUUCUUUGACAUCAAAUCAAGUGGAGAGAGGAAGCUGGCAAAGGGGCAGAGACGAGUCCCACGGGCCGGACCUUCAACCUCGGUUCCUCACCCCACCGCCUCUCCUUACUCUGCCCACGCUGGGCAGUGUGGGGGCGCCCAGAAGCAGAGAGAAGCAGCAAAAAUGUAGAGAAAUUGGCACAGGGAGCGGGGCUUAGCCAAAUGAUGCGCACACAAUUGCGCCGGUUUAUUCCAGCGACUUUUGCGGAGAGGGCAGCCGCUGCCACAAACUCUCAUUUACUACUUGGCUAACGAGACUGCAGCAGCGCCAAGGUCCUGCUUGCUGCCGGGCUGCCCCAGGAAUCUUGAGUUGGGAGGCAAGAAACGUUUUUGGAGUUAAGAAAAAGAACUGACCCUUCUGGUCCGCCCCCAGGACAAACGGCAAAGGAAAAUCACCUCCCAUGGAGUCAUUGUACCGAUUGUCAUUCCGGAUUGCGCUAGCAGGAACAUGCUGAGCCGGACCUAGCUGCAAAGCCGGGGAGCACAAACGUUAACAGGGGCAUAACACCUGUCACGAGCUUGGGAGAGCGAUUCUCUGGGGAGUGGCAUCACUGCCGGAGGGAGCGGACACAGUGUGAUUAGAAGGGCUGGAUAGGGAAACUUCUUCAGGCUGCUGCCCCGAAAGGUAAAAGGGGGCUCAUAUGCUCACUCGGUAGCAGAGUUGGAAGUGGCGCGCUGGUGCAUUGGGCGCUGCAAGCCCAGGCGCUCCAUUUCCUCUGAGAGCACCUUGGGUGCCUGUAGGCACUCUGGUCUGUGUGCUGCCGGUGAGCUGGGCCCAGGAGCAUCCUCAAUAGCUCUACUGGGCGGAGUGGGGGCACUUCUGCAGUUCCUCCCUUCCCAUGCUUUGAGAAUCAAGCUGUCCCUUUGACUGAGGCUCUGGACCUGCGAGUAGAGGAAUGGUUCAGUAUUUUUUGUUUGUUUUUUGGUGUCGUUUCUUUUGUGGGGGUAGGCUUAGAUAGAAGAGCAAGAAAUGCCGCCGAAACGUGCAAGGGGAAUGGCGGCGGCGGGAUGGCAGAGCGCGGAAUCAUGAAAACCAAAUUCCUAGAAGCUUGGUCAGAUCUUUCAAAAGGAGGCGUGGGGUAGGAAAGAAAAUAGAAGGUCCAUGUACUCUGUCCUAAAGGGAGCAAAGUACUGGAGAAAAACCAGAAUUUCAGGUGUAGUCUUCUUUAUUGCUUAUAUUAUUGACAAGAGAAGGUAGGAAAUAGAAAUUCCCAUCGGACAGUACCAUCACCAAUUUCCAUUUAUUAUGAAGAGUGCUUUACACAGUGAGCAUGCAUGACAAAUUCUUCCCCAGCCUCCAGACAGUUUAUGGAGCUGUCUCUGAAGACACACAGUUCUCAUGUCGACUCUGUUCUUAUCACAGCAGUUUAAGGUGUUAAAACCCUCACAAUGUCCUUUCUUGAAGCUCUUCUGAGAACUGGAAUCAAACAUCCAUCUACCCAUCCAACUGCCAGCUUUGAUAGAGGUACUACUGCUCUCUUUGGCAACCUAGUUUGGGGUCAGGAAAUCAAUGAUGCAGGCACCCACUGGGGUGGUUAAUUUAAUAUAAUAAACAGCCAUUCAUAAAACAUGUCUGUUGAAAGAGCCUCUUGCAGAGAAUUGUUUAGUAAUGUUGUUGAAAGUUUUCUGUAGUAUCAGAGAUUCAGGGUUCAAAAUGUGAGAUCUACAACUUCCACCUUCCUUGCCCUGCCUUCUGUGGUUGUAAAACACAGUGCAGUGACUAGACACUCAUGCCUUCCCACAAAAGCAAAAGUUGCCAGUCUCUAUCCUGAGCAAUCUUGAGAAGUCAGCUCUUUUAGAAAACAGAAUGGUGUGUUUGUUUUGAAGUAGUCCAUUUUUUUCUUCACCCUUUGGGAAGAACAUUUAUUGAUAUUGAUAUUGAAUAGCAAUUGGGCUAACAAAGACUGAAAUGAAGCUCCACGAAAGUUCCCCAAAUACAAAAUUCAUGAAAAAAUGAACACAGGAAAGAGCUUACAGGAGCAUGGUAGCAGAUUCAUAUGUAACACUGAUAAUAGACUCCUACUGAGAAAGUCUUAUCAAAGCACCUUGCCAUUUCAAUUUUAACAGUAAAAUAAUGUGUGGGUAGCUCACAAUUUUUAGGAAAGGGUGUUGAAGUAUGUACAUCUGUGAC